CUCCUCGUCUCCGCGGGCCGUCGACUCACCACGGCAAGUCUGCCACGGCAGCGCGAGGCGGAAGAUCGUCCGGCAGAGCUGGAGCGCCGCCCGAGCCGACCCGGAUUCGGGGGGCCGACGAGCAACCAGGCCUGGGGGUGCAUUGACAGCUGGCCCAGCCUCCGAGAGGCCCGCGGGUGCCGCGGAGCCGCCGCUUAUUAUGAGGCGCGGCGGGGCGGGCAGCACCGCGGAAUUCUGUGGCUGGCUCGGGUGGCGGCAUACGGCGCCAUGCGAUUCGGCGGCGAGACAUUGCAGCCGCUGCAUUCCGAUCGUGCUGUUGGCAGAGUGGGCGUACGUGCUACAACUGGAAAACGGCCCACCGAUCACGGUAAUUGCCAGAGGGGCAGGGAGGGGAGGGAGGCGGGGCCGCGGGGGCCCGCGGCGCGAGCAGGAGGAGGAGGAGGAGGAGCAGGAGGAGCCAUGGCCAAGACGGAGCGCAGAACUCCCGGGCACGGCGAGGCGCGGCCGCGGGAGCGCGCGCCGCGGGGCGAGGGAGCCUCCGAGAGGCAGCGAGGCCCGCCCGCAUUCCCAGAGAUCCGAUGCCUUGACUUUGGUCGGUCCGGCCGGGCUGCGGAAGUACAGCCGGCCCGUUUCAUAACAGGGUGUUACCUGGUAUGGGCACCCACCGUCAGGAACGAAGCAUCCUUCGCCCCCAAAAGCGCCUCCGUGCACGGGGAAGGGCCAGCUGGAGGAACACCCACAGCAGGACGCGAGGACCAGCGAACCCCCCCUCGAACCCGACCUGCUCCUUGCCUCCACGUCUUGACUGCA